GAACAAAAAAGAAAAUUUUUGAAAAAUAUCAAAAAAGUGUUUUAUAUAAAAAAACAAAAAUUGUUAAAAAGUGCAAGUUUUUUAAAAAAAGUUGUGAAAAGCAAAAUCUAUAAAAUUAGCAAAAAACCUUAAGAAACUUUUAACAGUUUCUAACAAAUUGGAUAAUUUUUUUUAACUAAACGGAUUUAAUUUUUUAAAAACACAAACUCAAGAUGAAUCAAACGUGCAAAGUCUGUGGUGAACCCGCUGCCGGUUUCCAUUUUGGUGCCUUCACUUGUGAGGGUUGUAAGUCCUUCUUUGGUCGUUCCUACAACAAUCUCUCCUCCAUCAGUGAGUGCAAAAACAAUGGCAAAUGUGUGAUUGACAAAAAGAAUCGCACCACCUGCAAAGCCUGCCGUUUGCGCAAAUGCUACACCGUGGGCAUGUCCAAAGGUGGCUCACGUUAUGGCCGUCGCUCUAACUGGUUCAAAAUUCAUUGUCUUUUACAAGAGCAACAACAACAAGCCGUAGAAGCUGCCUCCAAAGCUGCCAAUGGCUCAAAUCCUAAUAAUCCUUCGGCUUUUGGUGAUAUGGCUGCUGCUGUCGCAGCUCAACAACAAUUCUCACAAAGAUCUUCACAUUUAGCCGCUGCUGGUGCUCCUCAUUUGGGUUAUCCCUCGUAUUUGCCUGAAAUGUCUGCUGCUCCUUUUAUGUCAGCUGCUGCUUUACCUUUCUUUAGCAUGAUGAAUUCUCUACCCACAAUGGCUGCUGGCUCACCACCCUCAGCUUUCCAAAUGCCACCACAUUUAUUGUUCCCCGGUUAUCAUCCAGCUGCUGCUGCCGCCGCUGCUGAUGCUGCCUAUCGUACGGAAAUGUACAAACACAGACAAUCGGUAGAUUCUGCAGCCUCUGGUGAAUCUCAAUCACGUUUCUCACCCACCAAUCAUUCAGUACACUCACUUACACAUGAUGAUCAGCACAUGCAACACAUGCAGCAUAUGACACUCAAUCAACAACCCGCCUCCAAUAGACAAUCACCUGAAUUGUGUGUUUCUGGUGAUGAUGAUGAGCAAGAACGUAAAUCUUUAAUCUCACAACAUUCCAUUUCGCCCGUCUCCUCUUUGGCACAAACACAUCAUCAUCAUCAUCAAGUACACAGUCCCAUUGCUGUAAGAGCCUCACCCGUGCAACAUAACACAGUAGAACCAUCCACAUUUGCCAUUAAAAUGCAAUCGCUCUCACCAGUUUCUGUCUGUUCUAUCAGUCAUGAAACCUCAGCACCCUCCUCACACUAUGAAGAGCCCAUGAAUCAAGAUUGUCCCAUGGAUUUAAGUAUGAAAACCUCUAGAUCAUCGGUACACAGUGAUAGUGAUAUGUUAAGUGAAACCUCUUCCGAAGAAGAAAGACAACAAAGUAUGCGUCGCAAAUUCUAUCAAAUGGAAAGUUCUAAUGAAAAUUCCGAAAACUCUUCCGAUUCAGAGGCUAAUAAAAGGCAAAAAUUAGCUGAAGCCAAUUAUGCUGCUUUCGGUUCUCAUCAUGCUCAAAGAGGUAUUGUUUGUGUUUAAUUGCAACAACAACAACAA